AUGAAAGUUUUUACUUCAUGCUUGUGGCAUGGAAUGUUCGGCAUCGACGACUUCUUCACGACUAAAAUGUUACAGAGGAAGAAUGGUCAGGAUUAUCAAUGUUUUAAGUGUGGUAAAUGGUAUUCGACUCGAAGCAUAAUGCUUCGUCAUAUGAACCAUGAAUGUGGAAUGGAAAAGAAGAUUCAAUGCAAAUUAUGUUAUAAAAAGUUCCGAAGAAAGUGGAACUUGGAACAGCAUCAGAAACGCAUCCAUCGUAAACAGUAUAAGAUUGAUCAACAGAACAUCAUUAAACUGCGUCAUCACGGUGACGAUGACGGACUUGACAAUGGCGACAGAGACGACACAAGAUUCUGAAACUUAAUCAAACAAAUGCAAAACUAUACGUAAAAGUCACGUCAAAUGAACUUAUUUAUUGAAUGAACGAAGCAUAAAUAUAAAUAAUUUACUAAAAUUAAUGAUAGAAAAUAAUUAAAAAUGCGUUAAAUACUCAAAAUUAAGUUAAAAUCGGGAAAAACUUAAUAAUAAAAAAAUUGAAUCGCGAGUCAAAUUUAUUAGAAAUUUAUUGACAACCAAAGCCAAAAAUAUUUUGCUAAUCAAAACAAAAGAAAUUAAUUAUGAAAAUAUAAAUUUUUAAGCUUUUUUUCACAACUUUCCUUGGAACUAAUGCCAAAAGAUGACGAAGAAUUAUUUGACUUAAACAAUUAAGUUUUAAAUUUCUCUUGAUGGGAAAAUCAAUCAUCAAAGGAUUUUCGAUGAAUCUCUGUGAGAUGAAGUGCUUAAUGGAAUGUUAACAGACUUGACAUGAGUCAAAACAAGUUUUCAAGCUCAUUAACUGACGUAACUUUCAACCAGUUUUCAUUUCUUUUACUGAGAUUUCAUCAUGAAAUCCUUUAAACUUUAAAUUACAAGGCCAAAAAAGAAAAAAAUAAUUUUAUGUAAUUAUUUAAUGCGAGGUAUUUUAUUGAGAUUAAGUUUACGCUUAUUGCGUUCGGUUGAUUCUUUUCUCUUUUCUUUCGUCAUAAAAACUUUAAUUUUAAUGUCGUAAAACUUACUUAAUAACAGAUGGAAAAUCUUUAAAGCUCUAUUCUAUCUUUUUUAUGCAAUAACAAACCAAAGUCCUAUUUAAUAAUAAAUUAAUUUAUUUCUACAAAUAUGAAUCAAACGAGGAAAAUGUAUACAAGAUAAAAGAAAACUUUACCUAACAACAUGACACUAUUUUACUAGAUUAAAAUUUUUAUCGUAUUUUUGAUAACAUGAAAACGAAUAAAAAAGAAAUCUUGAAAAUUGAAACAAAGCUUUUGGGCAUUCGGAAGCUUUAAGCUCAGUUUGAAAAGAAAUUCAAUGAGAGCUUUUAAAAGCUUUUAAAUUUUUGUUAAAUCAC